AUGUCCGCCACAGCGACUGAGCCCAUCGAUCCCCACGCCAUCCGCGUGCUGGUCACCGGUUUCGGCCCGUUCUACAAGUUCAACGAAAACCCAUCAUGGCUCGCCGCAAGGCCCCUCCACAACACCACGCUCUACACCGACCCGCCCUUUGAUCUCGCCGCGGACGGCGAGACCAUCAUCACAGACGAAAUGGAGCAGAUGGCCCCCAAGCCCCAGCUCAUCCACAUCACCGCCAUCCAGAUCCCCGUCUCCUACCAGGCCGUCCUCGCCGUCACCCCCGGCCUCUACGCCCGCCCGCCCGCGCUGCCCAAGCCGACCGACCCCACCAUAGUCAUGCCCCCGCCCCCGCCCAACGGCUACGACUUCAUGUUCCACAUCGGCGUGGCCGGCCGCGGGCCCCUCCGCAUAGAGAAGCUCUCCCACAAGUUUGGCUACCGCAUGAAGGACGCCGAGGGCCACUACGCCCCCACCGUCCAUCUCCCCAAGGAGGGCCCGCGCGAUCCUGCCGAGGCAUCCGAGGUCGAGCGCAUGGAGCAGUACCUCGGGCUCGUCUCCUCGCCCUCCGCACACGGCCCCUCCGGCGAUCAUGUGGUCACCGAAAGCCCGGAGGUUCCGCCCAACCGCGGGUUUGGAAAGGGCUACGAGACGUUCCCGGAAGAGUUGCACACCGACAUCGACGUCCCGAAGCUCAUCGUCCACCUCAAGGAGGGCGGCAUCGAGCAAGUGUACUCGUCCAUGGACGCGGGACACUACAUCUGCGACUUUAUAUUCUACUGCUCGCUCGCAGAGGCGAAGCGCGUGUCGUCGCGGCAGGAGAAGUUCAAGGACAGAGGGUCGCCGACGAAGAGCACGCCGGUCCUCUUCAUGCACUGCCCUCCGGUCGGCCAGCCACUCGCUACGGAAGAGGUGACGGAGGCGAUCAGAAGAGUGAUUUCGUAUGUGUGCAGCCGGCUCAGCCAGUAGGUGGCUGUAGAUUGGUCUUAGUCUUUUCGGGGUUUCCACAUCGUGCUUGGUGUCUGUCCCUCGUAUCCCUCUCGUUAUGUUACGCCGAGCUAAUCAGGUCUGUCCCGGUGACCCAUUUUGUCAUAGUCUUGCCACACCUACCAUUGUACAUCACAUGUCCACAAACACGACUUUCUUGCAUUGAUUGCAGUAACUCCAA